AUGACAAGAAGGUCCAAUCCAAAUACAACCAUUGAAGAAGAUCUUGACAUUGACCAACUUGAGCGCACACUUAGGCGACUAAGGAGAGAAAGAAUGAAUCCAGGCGGAGAAGGCGCGCCAAAUAGGCCAACAACCCGCCCGACCAAGAGAGGAGAGCCAAUGAUCCUCCUAAUCCAGCAGAAGCUAGAGCUGACCAGCCAGCACCGGCCAGAGACGUUCCUCCACCCAAUCCGAACGCGCCCGAUGCAGCUGAGCCGCUACAGCCACCUCUUAACCCGCCGCGACCACCACCGGCGUUUGCAAAUGGACAUCAUCGUCACGGUGACAACCAAGGGAUGCCUCAAGACCAACCUCACGCACCUCCAAGGAGAGUGCCAAACGCGCAGCAUCCAAGGCACCAAACUAUGGGAGACUUUGAUUCGUCCGAUGCUUUCUUUAUGGAUCGGAAUCCAAUCCGACCGCCUCUACCUCCAAGGAACGAUUUUGAGAUCAAACCGCAGAUCAUUGCCUUGGUGA